UCUUUCUUAUCGGAUCUUAAUUAUCAAUCCGAAUCCGCUAAGAUCAUUAUCGGAUCCCAUUCUCAUUCUCCGGAUUCUCUUAUCUCAGCCCGAAUCCGCUUCUCGCUCCCGCGACCUCGAAGAGAAACAAUGGCGACGGCGACGACGGCCGAGUACCACUCGAGAGAUUUCGAUUGGGAAGAGCUUCGAGACGAGGUCGAGAACGAUCCUUCUCUUCUCUACCAUCUCACUCCCUCUGCUCCGUCUCUUCCUCCUUGCAACGCCGAUGCCUGGCGGAGCUUCCACCGCCGCCACUCCUCCGGGAAGUUCUUCAAGGAAAGAAGGUAUUUGUUGGAGGAGUUUCCGGAGUUGAGAAGUAGUGAUGGUUUUGCUAAAGUUUUGGAGGUGGGAUGUGGGAAUGGGAGCACUGUUCUUCCCAUCUUACGUGCCAAAAAGAACAUGGUUAUUUAUGCGUGCGACUGUAGCGCAGAGGUUGUUGAAAGAGCAAAAGAGAUUAUUUUUUCGACCAUUGGAGUCUCAUCAGAACAGCGAUUUCAUCCAUUUUUACUUGAUUUUUCUGUUAACAAGUUCCCAGAAUGGCUUUUCUGUUCUUCUUGUCAGAAUUCUCCGUCAAGGAACCAGAGUAGUUCCUCAGCAGAUGCUGAAGAAGAGAUGAUGAUGUUGAAUGAUACAAAAGCUCAAUGUUGUAUUGGUGGAGUUGAUUUUGUCACCUUGAUAUUCACUUUGUCAGCAGUCCCAUUGCAGAACAUGCCAUUUGUUCUUGCGGAAUGCCACUCCACCUUAAAACCUGGAUGUUUGCUACUUUUCAGAGAUUAUGGCCUUUAUGACAUGACAAUGCUUCGGUUUCCUGUGGAACAAAAGGUUGGGUACCGGGAAUACAUGCGAUUGGAAGGCACACUUUCGUAUUUCUUUUCACUGGAUAUUGUAAGGGAUCUUUUUGUGGGUGCUGGCUUCAUUGAGUUAGAGCUUGAAUAUUGUUGUGUGACUUCAAUGAACCGCAAGAAUGGGAAGAAAAUGCAAAGGGUUUGGGUUCAUGGGAAGUUUGCAAAGCCCUCAUGAAUUUUUCCCCAGUCAUUGUCAUCGAGGUAAUUCAAUUGAACAAAAUAGCCUGAUAUUAAAAAAUCAUAUGUAUUUUCAUUGUUUCAGAGAUUUCUUGGAAUGUUCUUUAGGUAUAUACCAAUCAUUAUGAACAUUGAAAAUACUCGACAAGCAAGGCCCUGUUUUUCACUGUUUUGAGUUGAACUAAACAAGUUGUUUCAUCUUAAUUAUUUUUGUAGUGUACAAUCA